AUGGCUUCGCUCGCCGGCCAGACGAGCUCGACGCCCGACAUGGCUCCUUUGACGACCGCGUUGCCGUCUCCAGAGGAUGACGAGGCAGAAUACCUCGCCCAGGUCCUGUGCCUUUCCCCAGAAGGGUCGGAGGCAGCUAUCGAGGAGGAGUUGGUCGCAAAGGCAAAGGCCCUGGGUAUCUCGAUGUCGAGAUUAUCCCACGAGAAGCGCAUAACCUCGAGCGCCGAGUCGCAGACUUCCACCAUUGCGACGCAGCAUGUCCGGACCUUCUCGACCGCCUCGUGCGAUUCCGGCAGCACAACCCUCACCUCUCACCCGUCUCUGGACGCUGUUCCCAUCGCCGCCGACGCACCUCCGCAUUCUCUUGCCAGGAAACGGUCCAAAAGCCUCGGCUUUUCGCAAUACGACAAGUACUUGUCACAGAUAGAUCCCAACAUAGACCAACCCAAGAUCCAAAAAGCAUCUCCAUCCAUCGCCCACGACACGUCGACGCACAGCUUGUUCAGUGUGUCAUCACGAAGGAGUUAUUUCAGUAUCAAAGAGGGCAUCCGGAAGAUACGACGGAAGAGGACAUCCGCUAUAGUCGAGUCAACAAUCUUGCCUUGCGGCCAUACGUACUGCGCCGAAUGUCUCGGCAUAAUGAUCCAGCAGUCUACGACGGACGAAUCCAAGAUGCCUCCUCGAUGCUGUACGCAGCCGAUUCCAGGGUCCCUCGUUCAGAAGAUUCUCAACCGAGAGGAGCAGCAUGCCUUUCUGAAGGCAGUCUUGCAGUUCAGCACGCCGUGGGAAGCUAGGAUCUUUUGCCCGAAUACGGCCUGCGGUGAAUUCAUCCCCCCUCGCAACCGAAUCGAUCCGAAGCAUCCUUUCGAUGUUGUGUGCCGCAAAUGCCGGACUCGAGUCUGCGUCAUGUGCAAACGCAACGCCCACCCCAUUGGUAAGGAUUGUCCGUCUGAUUGGGAAUUGGAAGCGGUCCUGAAGAUGGGCGAGAAAUCGGGCUGGCGAAGAUGCUACAAGUGCAGAACAUUGGUUGAAUUGAGUCAAGGCUGCACCCACAUGACCUGCAGAUGCAAGGCCCAAUUCUGCUACAUCUGCGGCGCCAUCUGGGAUCCGUCCGUAGGGUGUCCCAACUUCUGCAAUGGUGACGAAGAACUGGAACGAAGGAGGAUGGAAGAAGAGGCCAGAAAUGCUGAGCUUGAGGCAGAAAAGGCUGCCCAAGAAGCCGCCGCCGCCGCCGAAGCCACUGAAAAGAUCGAGGCCGAAAAGCGCACCAGGGCCGAUCCGCAGUUCACCAAUCUGCAGGGCGAGAUGCGUGAAGAAUUGGACCGAUUCCGGACGUACACGAGGAAGAUGAAAUGGGUCAUGUGGACAAGGCAAGCCGAGAAAAAGCAGGCACUGGCCGACAGGUACUCGGAUCAGAUCGACAAGAUGAAGGAGCGCCAUGCGAAGACGGCCGCUCAUCUAGAGGAACGCCAGAUCGAAGCCGAGAUCGAUCUGAGGUCAACACUCGACCAAAGCGAGAAGAGCGUCAAGAUUCGCCUGAAGCACAUGGAGGCAUACUGCGAUGGACUCGGUCGCACUUCGAACGCCGACCUGCCGCCCCGAGUCGUCACGGAGAGAGACCUUCGCUUGCUGGGGCAACAGUACAAUGUGCGAGAUGGCAUGGAGCGUUUGCACCAGGCAAAAAUCAACGUUUUGCGAGACCGGCAGGCCAAGCGCAUGGAGGAACUUUUGGAACGACAGGAGCAAGAACUCGAGAAACUGACCGACAGGAAAGAGCAGGAUAUAGAGAAUCUGGCAUCGGAUUUUGCGCAAGAAGAAGAUACCCUGGUCAAGAUUAUUAAUGACCGCAAGCAGAGGCUGCAACGACGUUGGCUGAUUGCGAUCGAGAUUUUACGUAAGGAGCUGGAGGAGCAAACCGGAGAUCGAUAUGCGUCUCUCGCACUACCGGCGUGGCCCGACGACAACGAGACGCAGGACGAGAUCCUGGCAUCACUCCCCAAUUCUCCCACAAGCGAGGACUAA